AUGCCGGCCGACCUGAUGGAGAAGAGCAGCGCCUCGCCGGUGGCCGCCACCCCCGCCAGCGUCAACGCGACGCCCGACAAGCCCAAGACGGCGGCGGAGCACCGGAAGUCCUCCAAGCCCAUCAUGGAGAAGCGGCGGCGGGCGCGCAUCAACGAGAGCCUGGGGCAGCUGAAGACGCUCAUCCUGGACGCGCUGAAGAAGGAUAGCUCGCGGCACUCCAAGCUGGAGAAGGCCGACAUCCUGGAGAUGACCGUCAAGCACCUGCGGAGCCUCCAGCGAGCCCAGAUGACCGCCGCGCUGAGCACAGACCCCACGGUGCUGGGCAAGUACCGUGCCGGCUUCAGCGAGUGCAUGAACGAGGUGACACGGUUCCUCUCCACCUGCGAGGGCGUCAACACCGAGGUGCGCACCCGGCUCCUGGGCCACCUGGCCAGCUGCAUGACCCAGAUCAACGCCAUGAACUACCCUGCGCCCCCCCCACCGCCCCCGCUGCCACCAGCUGCAGCCUUUGGGCCACCCCUGGUGCCGCCGGGCAGUGGUGCGGGGCCACUCCCGGGCAUGCCCUGCAAGCCGGGUUCUGACGCAGCCAAGGUGUACGGUGGCUUCCAGCUGCUGCCGGCCUCCGAUGGGCAAUUUGCCUUCCUCAUCCCCAGCACCGCCUUUGCUCCCAGCAGUGCUGUGCUGCCCCUGUACGGUGGCCCACCCACAGCUGCCACUGCUGCUUCGCCGCCUGGCCCGCCACCCGGCACAGCUGACUCGGUCUGGAGACCCUGGUGAGGGUGGCAGGCACUGGACUGGAC